AUGUCGCUGAAAGAACCGACAGAGAAGUCGGAGACCUCCAAGAGCACGCUUCCUCCAAUGUCCCAGAUUCCAGGUCUUGGGGACUUCGCAAAAGCUCCCCAUGAAGUGCCGUCCAGGUGCCACAGGAAGUGGAUCAAAGAGACUGAUUCAGCUUAUGUCAGGCUGGCAAAGCAAGGAGGCCAACCUGACCUACUGAAGCACUGUCCUGUGACAGUGGAGUCCCCUCCUGCCACAAAUGCUGCACCUGACUGGUACUCGCACUGCUCCAAUUCCCCAGCAGCUGAUGAGCCACGGAGCUAUGUUUCUUCUCUACCAGAUUAUAUGAUUCACAAAGAGUUUAAGGCUGAUGAGCAUCAAGGUAAUACUUAUGAGACAAAAAGAGGGCCUUUUGAUUUUGAUAUGAAGAGUGUUUGGCAGCGGGAUGCUGAGGACAAGGAUAAAACGGAGAAAAUGAAGGAAAAGCUUGCAGCUACAAGCCCUAAAAAUCCAAGCAGCCUGCCAAGUGUUUCUCCAAACAAGGAAUUUAGUGGGGAAAAUAAGCUUUCCUUCCCAUCUAGGCCUGCUCAGAGAAAAAGCGAACCAGUAAACUUUAGCAAAUUACUAAGUAAUGGUUAUGGGACUGACUGGCUUCAGCAACAUAUGGGACAGGAAAAAAAGAUUCAAGAAACAUCAGAAAAUAGUGAGCAGUCCAAAGAUUCAGAACCAUCACAGUUGGAAUCAGCUCUGCAAGCAACUAAUUAA